AUGUCCGAUCACCAAGAGAAGCCUCCACCCACCGAACCUCCUUUGAGAGAUUCAUGGGAGCGUGGAGAGGAGAGAUCGUCAUAUGAGGAUGAGACCCUGCAUCCAGAAGCCAAUGCGAAUGCGAAUGCCAAUGCCAAUGCCAACGCCAAUGCCAAUGACGCAUUUAGUGACCGGCCGAGCACAAAUUCGAUCUCGCAAAGAUGGAGGACUGCAAGCCAGCGCAUUCGCAAUCGCUCUGCGAGUAUAGCGCAAGCUUUCGGAAGACCUCAUGAGAGAGAGGAAGACGGGUUGGAAGCAAGCCUUCAUCCUGAAUUCUUCGGUGCCACCGAUGAUCUGAAGAGUUUCCAAGCUCGCCAGGCGGGCGAUACGGAGGACAGACUGCAGAACGUCAACCAUGGUAGUCAGGCUCAUGCUUUGUUGAAGCAAUUGGGAUUACAUGGUCAUCAUCGUCACAGUUCAGAGGCCCAAUCGGCCCCAUCGACCGGCGCUUCAACCCCAGCUUUCGAUAGUGGUGCAUCCACCCCACUCAAUGGGGGCCUCCUCUCCCAUCUACUUCGGGUAUAUGCCAAUAACAUAGGUACUGGGAGCAGGAUCAGCGUAGCCUCUUCCACCGAAGCGGAUCCCGAGACGGAAACUCUUCCGCCAACCACUACGGGGACAACUACCCCAACAGGAACGCCAGGCGGAAAGAAGGAGAAGGUGGAGACAAGCCAUCCAAAGCGCCUGGACACCAUUACACGUCCUCUCUCAUCUCAGCAUCGAUGGGCAUGGGAAAAAAUCGGCGUCCCGGCGGCCGAUGGGCCGCCGCCAAUGACGGCCAAGGAGCGCAAGAAGCAGAAGCGCAAGAGUCAAAAGAACGUGAAGCUGACCGUUCACAUUGCCGCUCUUUUGGCUCGUCAGCAAUACAUGAUGCAGCUUUGUCGUGCCCUGAUGAAGUAUGGAGCCCCCACCCAUCGUCUCGAGGAAUACAUGAUCAUGACCGCGAAUGUGCUGGAGGUAAAUGCGCAGUUUUUGUAUAUCCCAGGCUGCAUGUUCAUGUCCUUUGACGAUCCCCUCACUCGUACCACCGAAGUCAAAAUCAUUCGUGUUAUCCAGGGCUUGGACUUGUCCCGUCUAGCUGAGGUCCAUAGCGUCUACAAGAAUGUCGUGCACGAUGUUGUCAGUGUUGACCAGGCUACUACUGAUCUCGAUGAGAUUAUGCAGCGCAAUCCGCGUUACAACAAGUGGCUUCUGGUGCUCUUGACUGGGCUGGCGAGUGUUGCCGUGGGCCCAUACUCAUUUUCUGCCCGACCCAUUGACCUCCCCAUUAUCUUCAUUCUUGGGAGUAUUGUGGGAUUCAUGCAGCAUAUUCUUGCCCCCGCCUCAGCCACAUACUCAAAUGUCUUGGAAGUUUCUGCGGCCAUCCUGACCUCAUUUUUGUCGCGCGCUUUUGGAAGUAUUGAACACAACGGUCAGCCAUUGUUCUGCUUUUCCGCGUUGGCAGAGUCGUCCAUCGCACUCAUUCUCCCAGGCUUUGCGGUGCUGAGCAGCAGUUUGGAGCUUCAAUCACACCAGAUGAAUGCUGGAUCCAUUCGUCUGGUCUAUACAAUCAUCUAUUCUCUGUUCCUGGGGUAUGGUGUGACGGUUGGCACCACUAUCUAUGGAUUGAUGGAUAAGAAUGCGACGAGAGCCGAGACCUGUCCUGCUAACACUCCUGAGCUAUGGGGUAACGAAUAUAUCCAGCAUUUUCCCUUUGUGGCGCUCUUCUGUCUCUUCGCCGCUCUCAUCAACCAAGCCAAGCCGAAGCAGCUCCCGAUGACCGUCUUCCUGGGCAUGUGUGGCUAUGUGACGAACUACUUCAGUACGAAGAAGCUGGGCGCAAACCAAGUCGCUAAUACCGUGGGUGCUUUCACGAUCGGCCUCUUGGCCAAUCUGUACAGUCGCUUGUGGCAUGGUCAUGCGGCUGCAACUAUCAUCCCCGGGAUAUUUACCCUGGUUCCUUCGGGUCUUGCGAGCAGUGGUUCGAUUAUAUCCGGUCUAUCCUAUGCGGACUCUGUGGCUGAUGGCAGUGCUGCGAACAGCACAAGCGCUAUCAGCUCCGAUUCCCAAAACUCUCUCACCUCGCUGGGUUUUGGUAUGAUCCAGACCGCUAUCGGCAUCUCGGUCGGAUUGUUUGUGGCCGCGUUGAUCGUGUAUCCCCACGGAAAGAAGCGGAGCGGCAUUUUCAGCCUCUAG